CAUUGAUGAUAAUAUUUUGUUGAAAAAUAUUGGUUAAAAGAAUUCAUGACAACGUAGUUUCUUGAGAAUAAUUUAAAAAACUUGGUACUAAAGAAAAAUAGCCCCCAAAAUAAGAGACAGAACCUUAACGAGAGUCCUAAAAAUUUCAAAUUUUGACAUUGAUUUGAUGAAUCCUGAUGACAGAAAACGCAGGUUCAAUGAAGCCAUCGUUAAUAUGCUAUAUCCCUCCUCCUCUCCUCAGAGCGAACGAGAGUUGGAACCUGCGGAACCCUUGAUCGAAGAGUCUGCUGCUGACGUUAUUUCAGGUGCUUUGGAUCAUUGUGACAACAAUUCCUCGACUAGCGUUGAAGAAGAGCAUGACUCGGAGACAGAGAAGCUCAGCAGGGCCCAGCGAAAGAAAAUUCGGAAGAAGAAACUGAAGGAAGAAGUCGUCCAUCGCGGAAAACUUAUUGGACCGUUGUUGCCUCUGACUUCCACUCAAGUUACACGUGAUGCUCCACCUGUUCGAUCAAAUGCUUCUGAAGAAGGUGGUGUGGCGGAUUGUGGUGGUAAAUCAGGAAAAGUGAAGCACCGUAGGAUGGCAAAAAGGCUUGCCAAACAAAAGGGAAAUGCCUCUACUUUGGACAACACAAAUCAAAGUUCCGCUGAGGACCUAAAAGAAGCCCGUUUAUAACUAAAUGCUGGAAACAAUCACAAAAUAGAGAUGCGAUUUUUUAGAUUGAAGUUGAGCUCGUGAUACAGUGGUUAAUUUUUUAAAGUAGUUUCAGAAUGGAUGGCUGUAUUAAAACGAGUUUGCUUCUUGUUACUCAACAAAUUUCCUUGGUUAACAGCAUCAUUCUGUGACUGCGGUUUACUUCAUAAUUUCAUUUAUUACCCCCUCAA